AUUACAAAUCCUUCAAAAUGUUGCUCACCGAUUCAUAUUUUAUUAAAUUUAUGGUUCGCCAAUUCAAAAUCAAUGAUAUGCAACAUUUACUCCUCGUCUUCAUCUCUAUACUGACCAUCAUCAGUUUCCUGCAAUGGGUAGUGAAUUUAUAUCGUGAACUCAGACGUCUGCCGCCAGGACCCUGGGGUCUACCCGUUAUCGGUUAUCUAUUGUUUAUGGGCAGUGAAAAACAUACCCGUUUCAUGGAAUUGGCCAAGAAGUAUGGUUCCUUAUUCUCAACGCGAUUGGGUAGCCAAUUGACCGUGGUAAUGAGUGAUUAUAAAAUGAUACGUGAAUGUUUCCGACGGGAAGAGUUUACGGGCCGGCCGGAUACACCAUUUAUGCAGACAUUGAAUGGUUUUGGCAUUGUCAACAGUACCGGUAAAUUGUGGAAGGAUCAAAGACGUUUCUUGCACGAGAAAUUGCGUCAAUUUGGCAUGACCUAUAUGGGCAAUGGCAAGCAUAUCAUGGAAAAACGUAUUAUGAUUGAAGUCCAUGAAUAUAUGCACAAUUUACGCAUAUCGGACGGCCAACCCAUGGAUAUGGCUCCUGCCAUUUCGGUGGCCGUUAGCAAUGUCAUCUGCAGCAUUUUGAUGUCGGUACGCUUUAGCAUUGAUGAUCCGAAAUUUAGACGUUUCAAUUUCCUCAUUGAAGAGGGUAUGCGUUUAUUUGGUGAAAUACACACUGUCGACUAUAUACCCACUGUGCAAUAUUUCCCAAGUAUUUUAACUGCCAAAAAUAAGAUAGCCAAAAAUCGUGAAGAAAUGCAACGUUUCUAUCAGGAUGUCAUUGAUGAACACAAGAAAACCUAUGAUCCCAGUAAUAUUCGGGAUUUGGUUGAUUUCUAUUUGGCUGAAAUUGAAAAGGCCAAAUUGGAGGGUCGGGAUCAGGAUUUGUUUGAGGGUAAAAAUCAUGAGGAACAAAUUGUCCAGGUGAUCAUUGAUUUAUUCUCAGCCGGCAUGGAAACAAUUAAGACCACUUUGCUGUGGAUCAAUGUGUUUAUGUUACGCAACCCCGAGGCCAUGAAACGUGUCCAGGAUGAAUUGGAUCAGGUGGUGGGACGUCAUCGUUUGCCUUCUAUUGAAGAUUUGCAGUAUUUACCCAUUACAGAGAGUACCAUUUUGGAAUCGAUGCGUCGUUCCAGUAUUGUACCAUUGGCCACCACACAUUCACCCACAAGAGAUGUCGAAGUGAAUGGCUACAAAAUCCCAGCCGGCUCACAUGUCAUCCCACUCAUCAACAGCGUCCAUAUGGAUCCCAAUUUAUGGGAGAAACCCGAAGAAUUUAAUCCUCGUCGUUUUCUCGAUUCCGAAGGUAAAGUACAUAAGCCCGAGUACUUUAUACCAUUCGGUGUGGGUCGUCGUAUGUGUUUGGGUGAUGUAUUGGCUCGAAUGGAACUGUUCUUGUUCUUUGCAUCGUUUAUGCACUCCUUUCAUAUUACACUACCCGAAGGACAGCCAUUGCCGAGUUUAAAGGGCAAUGUAGGUGCAACAAUUACCCCCGAAGCUUUUAAAGUGUGUCUAACACCAAGACCGUUGCAAUUGAACACAACAACAGUGGAUCCACAUCAUAUGCGUAAUGUUGGCUCAAAUUAAGCCCAAAAGGGAGACAAC